AGCGAUGGUAGAAGAAGAGGCUGCCAUAUUGCAGUGAUACAGCGACUUUACGCGACUAGAACACCUUUGGUUUCCUGCAACAAAAAUGCUAUCUUCUAAUACGUUUGUGGACCCUGGGAAGAUGAAAGACUAUCAUUAUACCGGUCCAGUAGAGCACCGGUUCUCCCCAUACUCUUUUAACGGAGGAACCGUACUAGCUGUUGCUGGGGAAGACUUCGCCAUCGUAGCCUCAGACACCAGGCUGAGUGAAGGGUACUCAAUCCACAGCCGCGACUCACCAAAAUGCUACAAGCUGACAGACACAACCGUCAUCGGCUGCAGCGGUUUCCACGGUGACUGCUUGACUCUGACUAAAAUCAUCGAUGCCAGAUUAAAGAUGUACAAACACUCAAAUAAUAAGACGAUGACCAGCGGUGCCAUUGCAGCCAUGUUGUCCACCAUCCUGUACGGCAGAAGGUUUUUCCCCUACUAUGUCUACAACAUCAUCGGAGGACUAGAUGAACACGGCAAGGGAGCCGUGUACAGUUUCGACCCAGUGGGCUCUUACCAGAGAGACACCUACAAGGCCGGAGGAUCAGCAAGCGCCAUGCUACAGCCGCUACUGGAUAACCAGAUUGGCUUCAAGAACAUGGAGGGUGUGCAGCACGUUCCUCUGACUAAGGACAAGGCAGUUCAGCUGGUCAAAGACGUCUUCAUCUCUGCCGCAGAGAGAGAUGUCUACACUGGAGAUGCUCUUCGGGUCUGCAUCGUCACUAAAGAGGGCAUCAGCGAGCAGACUGUACCACUGAGGAAGGACUGAGGAGGGAAAUGUUCCCCUUUCUCUGAUUUUCUCUUUGCUCUAUUCUUUCCACAUUCAUCUCUUGGUUUUGGCCACUCAACAACACAUUUAUUAAGAGGGACCUCUUUAGUCAGGGUUAUUCUGGAAAGCGGAUUUCCCAUUUUUUAUAUCCACUCACAAUUUACACCAAUUGAAAUCCAACCUGUUCUCCUGUUUUCCAUUGUUGACCCCCUCACAAUCUGCUAUUAUUACAUCAUUUUAUUUGGAUUCUCGUAGCCUGAUUUCAGAUCACCACUCCUGUUAAGAAGCAACAGAUUCUACUCAAUCUGCCUAGACUCCUCCUCUAUUUGGAUGUUGCGCUAUGUUUUGGAAGGAUACAUACUCUGCUGUUCUUUUUACAUUCUUAAUAAAUGUAAAGAAUUGAAAA